CGAGAAAGUUCCUUUCAUUACUCCUGACAGGAGAGUUAGAAAGAAGUCAUCUACGCUGGAAGCAUGUCGAUUGAAUUGAAAGAGCCGGAGAAAUUCGAUGGAAUAUUGCUGGGUAUGGCUCAGCAAUGUGAGCAAGGGGUGCCAGAGUUGAUGGAUUACUUUUUCCAUUUUCUCGUCCGAAAAACAGAUUUUUAUAGUCAAUCAGAAACUGCUGAGAAGAUGGUGAUGGAGAAAUUUAAUUAUUAUAAAACCAAGAGCAUCUACUAUCAAGAUGAAAAGAAACAAAAGGCUGAAGAGAAGAGGAGAGCUGCUGAAGAGAAAAAGAGAGCCGCUGAAAGAAAGGCUAAGGAGGCGGCAGAAAAAGCAGCAAGGGAGUCCAAAGUGAAAGAAAUCACUGAUGAAGAAGCGGAACAACUACAGAAGGAAAUAGACAAUCAAAAGAAAAAAGUAACUAAUGGGGAUGAAAGCAAAACUGAUGAAAAUGAUGAUAUGGAAGGAGAACAUGAAGAAGGAGAAGAUAAAGUAAAGAGUGACAAAAUGAAACCAAAUGCUGGUAAUGGAGCUGACUUGCCAGAUUAUAAAUGGACACAAACACUUGCUGAUAUAGAGUUGAGGGUUCCUGUCAAAGUUUCAUAUCCUCUCAAAGGCAAACAUGUUACUUGUAAAAUACAGAAAAAGCAUCUAACAGUUGGGGUCCAAGGACAGCCACCAAUCAUUAAUGGUGCUUUGUCAAAGGAAAUCAAAAUUGAAGAAAGUACCUGGACAAUUGAAGACAAUAAGAAUAUUGUUGUGAGCAUGGACAAAGUAAACAAGAUGGAAUGGUGGUCCAAACUUGUUGACACUGACCCAGAAAUUGAUACUCAGAAAGUUCAACCUGAAAAUUCCAAAUUAUCUGAUUUAGAUGGUGAAACUCGAGCCAUGGUUGAAAAAAUGAUGUAUGACCAAAGACAGAAAGAGAUGGGUUUGCCAACAUCAGAAGAUCAAAAGAAACAAGAAAUACUUAAAAAAUUUCAACAACAACAUCCUGAAAUGGACUUUUCAAAAUGUAAAUUUUCUUAAGUUUUUAUUCCAUCAACUAGACUAUCUUGCAGCUGCCUUACUCAAACACUGACCACAACCAGUAAGGCAAAAUAUUCUACAUUGAUUUCUAAGAAAGAAAAAUACAAAACAAUCCCAUAGAAAUAAGCAUUCUCCCUAGACCUUUAUUUUCUUUUGAAAUGUCUAUAUUUGCUUGUUUUGAAUAUUUUACUGUUCAAUUAAAACUUAAAUUGAAAAAUUA